UCCUUGAAGUAGUUAAACACAAAAAGUAUCACUUUAUUCUUUAUAUAUAUUUUUCUUAGGCUCAGUUGCUAUAAAAAGCUCAUGGUUUGGUAAACCGGACAGGGCAAUACAUUAUAGCUACUCUCUCUGUCAUGGAGAUGAGCAAUCAUUUUCUAGCUGUUGGAAGGUAACUCAUUCUCUUUCUGAGGGAAGAAAUAUUUAUAAAGACAGUCAGUCAGCAGGUGUCAUUUGCCUCUCGUCUCCUCCAAGCUCGAGCAUAAUUUCAUCUAACAUUGUAUGUACUGUUACUAUAAACUAUAUUAACAGCAGUAGUACUACUACAACCAGAGUUUCUAGUAGCAGGAUAAGACCUAGUUCUAGCAGUGUGUUGACUAGUAGGGUAUCAUCUAGCUGUAUAGUCAGUAGCAGCAGUAGCAGUAUAUUCUCUACCACCAUUAACAGUGUAUCAUCUACUACUACCAGUGUAUUAUUUGCAGUUUCCAGUGAAUUCUUUUAUUCUACUGUUAAAUCACCUACUAGUAGCAGGAUGUCAUUUCAUAAUAGUGUAUCAGCUAUCAUCAACAGUGUUUCAUCUUCAAGUGGUGGUGACAGACCCACACACAGUCCAUCAUCUACUAGCUACACUUUCUCGGUGAGUAGCAUCAUGACUAGUAGUAGCAGUGUGCAGACUAGUGCUCAACCAACAGUUGGAUCAAAUGCACAAAAUAAUUCACAGGUCUUUGGUUCUAUUGGAGUUGUCAUUGUUGUCCUUCUUGCUGUUCUUAUAAUUUUGGUAUCUGUUGUUGGAUGUGCAGUACUUGCAUGGUGUUUGAGGACUAAUGUAAAGAAAAAGAGAUCAACAAAUCGUUCUCUUCCAGUAAUGCAAAUGCCAAGUGCCCAAUAUCAGAUGAUUGCCAAUCAAUCUACUGAUGCUGAUCCUAGAGAUAGUUCAGAUGAGGAAUUUCCAGGGACGUCUGAACAAGGAGCUUAUGAUAAAGAAGCAGAUGAGAAGGAACCACUUUGUGAAUUGUCAGUGUAAUUUUGUAUUGGAAUUAAUAUUAUGUUAAUAG